AUGUUGCGCUCCGCAUUGUCCGUGACACUUUGUCAAAGUAAAUAUGUGAAGCGCCGACAGCCACGGCGUGCAACACACCACGCGAUGAGUAGUACCAAGUUGGGGAAGGAACGCUUUGACCUGGCCGAGGCUCUUUAUCGCGACCGUCAGCGUGUGGAAAAUAACCGAACACUGCCGUGGCGUGCACGUAUAAAGCAACUUCAGUCGUUUCCGUGGAAAUUUUUUUUUGCAUUUAUGUUGUUUUGGUCAUGGCUGGGGACUUAUGUGGUGCCUUAUGUGAAGGGCAUGCACCCACGUGAACUUCCUGCUCUUGGAGAGGGAAUACGCAUUCCGGAGGAGCUUCAGCAGCGAGCCACACCAAUGCCGGCGUUUAUGCACAGGGCAAAUGAUGAUAAACUGCACAAGUAA